AUGGAACCCACGCCACCGUCUACUCAGCGGAAAGGGACACGUCAAGCCUCCCAAGAAGAUGACGACGCGGUUGAUGCUGGGCUUUCCCCGCCUCCACCAACUGAGCCCGAAUACAAAAUUCGCACACGGGAUGAACUGAUGAAGCUCUUCAAGUACUUUAGACCACGCUACAGGGAUGACUUCGCUUGUGCCCGAGGUUUCAGACACAAGCGCUGCAACUUUGUCCUCUGGCAGGAGGAAGCGGAUAUCCUGAAGGAAGAGUUCGACAAAGGGAGUCCACGCAGUCCUACACGAGGCGAGAAGAAUGCCUCAACCGCCAAGCCCUUCACCGCGGACAAACCCAGAGGAUCGGGUGGUCGGAACGUCGCAUCGGGUGGCAGUCAGAGUACCGCGAGUGGUAGUCUGAACGCAACGGGUGCCAGACUAGCGACGCCCAGUGGCACUCAAGACACCGAGGAUCUUCUGCCUAUUGACUGCGACUUGGAUGACGAAAUCGACUUCCCGAGAUCUCCGUCCAAACCUCGGAGGCCCUCCACCCGGAAGAGUGCUACGAGUAUCGAUCAGCCCACCAUGGACUCCAAGGAAAGCGGAUCCGACAGUGAAUCGAUCAAAGUCAUCACAACGAGGACUCGCAAGUCGGUUGGACCACCCGCUGGACAGAGUGCUAGAACGAACGCGAACGUUCAGAAGCGCGCUGGCACGAAGCGGAAGAGGUCAGACGAAAGCGACUCUGACGAUGCUGAGGAGAUGCUCGCGGCUAAGUCGAGACCGAGUGAGAACAGGUUUCACGUCGUUACGGUGGGCCUUCAAUUAGGCAUCUUUGGUCCCACGCAUUAUAACAACGUUGAACACGUCGUCGAGGGCGUUUCUGGCAAGAAACACUGGAUGGAAAAAACUCUGGACGCUGCUAUAGAACGCUGGAGGACAGCGACCGAUAACGAAGUGCCCGUUCCCGAAGUAAAGCCUCGCCCGACUAUUACCGCUGCACGAGUCAGAAGGAAACCCAAAUUGCCCACACUGUACUGGUACAAGUUGGUACCACACAAAGAGCCAGCGAGGGACGAUGCACACAACGACAACUCGUCCGAUGGCGACGCACCGAAGCCACGCUCAUCCGAGGAGCUGUGGCAGGCUUUGAGAAGAUUGCAAGUCGACUCAGCGCUAUCCGGCAGAUCUGCCGUAACGGAGAGCAUGAUGACGAACCUCAAAAGCAUUAUCAGGAGAUGUGGUGGGAAGCUCACCACGGAGAUGGAGGAAGAGCUGAAAGACGUGGUGGAGGAUGUACAGUUAGAAGUUGCAGAGUGGAAGAGAAAGUAUGAUACCGAAAAGGUGGAACGGAUGCAAGAGAAGGAGCGUGUGAACACGGUGUUAUUCGAUUGGGUAGAUCAGCAUAUGUUGGAGUAG